UUUGUUGCUGCAACAUAUAUUCAUACAUGUUGCCGUUUUUGAUAGUGAUGAGUUUUGAGUGUCGUUCAUCGUGAUUUCGACGUAUUCGAGCGAAGUUUGCAGGCUGGUAGAUCAAUGAUUGGUUUUAACUCAUUAACUCUAGUGAAAGAUUUGCACAGCUGCACUUUAGAAAUUUUAACAUCAUCAUUUUGUAGGCGGAAGAGGAAUGCCCCACUCAAAAAUAGGGAGGCCGUGGUCGUACUCCCAGAGGACUCGUUCAAAAUUUUUCUCUGUCAGAAAUGCUGAGUAUCAACAGAUCCGGAAAUACUCGGUUAUGUUGAUCUUGUACGAUCGUUUCUGUAUUGUCUCAUGUGCGCGUUCAACCAGCCCUCUAUUCUCAUUCAAAUUCAUUGUGUAAUUUCCUUUCAAGCAAAAUAUCAGAGUAAUUCUUCCGCGGAUAAUUUUGGUGUAAUGUUCGUUGUUAUGGGCUGUCCAAGUCCGCCUUCUUCACACGACAAAUUGAUUGUCCUGACAAUAGCUAUUUAAAGGCAAACAGGAAACGACAAAAACGUCAUACGUUAUUAGGCUCUAUAGGCAACUUUGACGGGUAUAUGACAGCGGCUCCGCCAAUCACCGCACUAAUAGUUUCAUUACAGUAAUUGAGCAGUACGCCUAAGUGAUUUAUGAAUGUCCAGCAGAGAGCGACAUCAGGUCUCUAUGGUGUAUAAAUAAAAUCGUUUAAUGAUUGAUUACAACAGCAAAACUUUAUACUCAAACAGGCAGGGCUGUUUAUGUGUUCGACUCGCUUCAGGGUCUUGGGUCAACCGUUCUUCGUACCAGGCAAACAGCGGCGCAAUCAAGAGAUUGACCAACGACUUUUGCUGGACAUUCACUCUCGCAGGUCGAAUAAUUAAUAUCGCGCUAACAAAAAGCUCGUUCUGGCUUUGCAUUAUCUUAAAGCCAACACACAAGCUCUCAAGUACUGUUUAGUUUUCCGUUUGCUAUGAUGACAUCCGUUGAAAGCCCGGAAGGCCAGCUUAACACACGUGCUGGUCUGCCUAUCGGCUGCACCACUAGCUCAAUACUUCAGGGUCAAGACUUCGAUUUCGACCGUCACGUCGAUUCACUCAUGUCGUACACUCGUCCGUCGAGCUACUACGAAGACAUGCACGGUACAGCGACAACCAUUCCCAACCAAGUUCAGACGGGAUAUUCUCAGAUACACACCAUGGCGUUCGGCUUCUCGUCAGGUCUACCUCACGGACAGCUAAGGUCCGACUCCAUAGAAGUGGAACUCGAAAAUAAAGAUCUUUGGGACAAGUUCCAUGAAAUAGGAACGGAGAUGAUCAUUACGAAAACGGGACGACGAAUGUUUCCUGUGAUCCGCGUGAACGUAAGCGGCUUAAACCCCAAGGAGGAGUAUGUCUUGGUGUUGGACAGCAUUCCAGCAGAUGACAACAGGUACAAGUUUCACAACUCAGAAUGGUCAGUCACUGGUAAGGCAGAACCUCUCAUACCCACCAGAAUCUUCGUUCACCCUGAUUCACCGGGAACCGGAUCGCAGUGGAUGCGACAAGUAGUUUCCUUUCAGAAGAUGAAGUUGACCAACAAUCAUAUGGAUCAAAUGGGACAUGUUAUACUGAACUCGAUGCACAAGUACCAGCCUCGUGUUCAUGUUAUCCCAGCGAAGGAUUACAGUCCGUAUGGCUUGAGAAAGGGGUCCUUUUAUACCUUCGUUUUCCCAGAGACUCAAUUCAUGGGAGUGACUGCCUAUCAAAAUCCAAGGAUUACUCAGUUGAAGAUAGAAAAUAACCCGUUUGCGAAGGGUUUUCGAGGAAGUUGCAAUAGUACCAUGCAUCAUAUCGCCAUGAAAAGAAAGUCCCCAGACGACUGUAACGAUAUCGACGGUCUCUCCCUCUCACCCGCGGGCUCUACGUCGAGUGGCGAAUCGUGCAAACGCACCUUCCAGGACUCUCCACCAAAACUCCCUGAUAUUAACGAUCCUUCUCCACCCUUGAUGGGGCAUACAGGAAGUGCAUUUGGCCAUGUCAUGUUCCCUCGUCGCCCGUCAGAAUCAUUUGACUCCUCUUGCGCUUUCGCCUCGCUUCAAAGCAGCUGUCGUCAGCAGUCAUUCUGCUCCGAGAGGCCUGCUGCAUCAACAACGCCAUCCUCAACAUUUAACCUGACGCCACAUCCUUACGUGCACAGCCUUCCAAUAAACUCUUUAACAUCGCUGUCUACAACUAGUGCUCUCUCGCAUCCAAAUCACCCAUCUCGGCCGCUCUUACAUCCGGGAUACAUGGGACAUCCCAACGAGCAUACAAUUCAUCACACUCCCGCACAUCUUACUGCGCAUGUGCACUCUGCGUUAAAUGGCUAUCCAGACAGUUUAAGAGCUGAAAGACCCGACUACGGACUGGGAAGAGGUGAUUUCAGCAAACCGCUGACCAUAUCCACAACGUUCCACUCUGGUUUCCCGGGGAACCCUCCACCUUAUCCUUAUCAUUAAAUGUUAUGUAUUCCAAAUGUGGUCGGGGUGGAUCAUCGCUACACAAUACUAAGACGAGUUCUAGAAAAUUAGGUAAAUUGUCGUAUAUUCAGCAUUUACUCGGCGUUUUCCUCCAUUCUGCAAGUGGAAUCUUAAAGGUAUUUAUUUAUUUAACAGGGGCAGCUUUCCAGAUCAGAGCUGCUCCUAUGACAAAGGAGAAAAAUGUUCAAGCGUUAAGACUGGAUAGCGAACUCCUGCAAUAAGUUUUACUCUUUAAGACAAUCAAUGCAAAGUAAUCGAGAGCAGGUAACUCUUUCUGAAAGUACCGUGGAACAGAAAGAUUCCAAAAGGAUGCUUGAAUGUCCAUUGAUUGGAACUGAUUCAGGCGGAAAGCUCUCGACAACGCCCAUUGAUGCUUAGAUGAGUGUCCUGUGGUUCAAAAUUGAGUCAGUGAUGUGUGGUCCUUGAUCAAGUCACGUGAACACCACAUGAACACUCUAAAGCUUACAUGAUAGUAACAUUAUAGAAAUAGUAAGUCUCGCCUGAACACAUCCUCUUUCUUCGCAUGACGUUUAUUUAAAUACGAGGCCUAGUUCACUUUUGCUAUUUAUGUCAGUAGGGAACAUGAGAUACAGAACUGUUUUCGGUUAAAAAGGAAGUUAAUCUGAAGUGGACAUAAGCUACCUCACAAAUAGGGCAGCAGUAGCACAAGGGGACAAAUCGGCAUUGCCGAAAACUUAAUUUCAAACAAACAUACCCACCUCGAACGAAACGUAACGCCCCCCACUCCAACGAAACGCAAAUUUCUAAACCCCUUCAAUACCAGGAGGGACCAAAACAGGAUUUCUCCUCAGUGGUAAAAUAGAUUUUUAAGCAGAAAGGUGAUGAGAGGAAAGAAAAAUAUGAAUUAUUUUUCAUUUAUCACCAAAUUUUCUCAACUAGAACUGGAGGAAAUGUAGGACAUACAUUGAGUGCGAAGAGUUGAUUUAGAUCUUUAGGGGGUGAAAGAGUCGAAAUAUUGUCCAACCUUGGCCCUUUCACUCCCAAAGGUAAUAAAAGUACAACUUUUCUUUACAGCCAUAAAAAUUUUCGCGAAACCUAUCAAUAUCAAGAAAUCAUGAAUUUAAUGAUAUUGCCUUGAUCCAAAAUCAACUUCUCUAAACUGAAAUUUAAGGAAAUGUUUGGUACUUGAUAAGGAAAAUGGUGACUUAUGAUAUUGGAUUGAAAGGUUGAAGAAAAAGCGUUUGAAAUAGUAUCUAAAUUGUUGCCGAAUUUUAAUUGAUAUCCAAGUCGGGGUUAUUUCAUAACAAGAUCUUUUAGAUCCUUAGGUUUUUUCACGCCGCAGAAUGGCCUUUUUUUUCUCGCUUUUUCGAGUAUUAUUACAAGUCACAAUGUAAAAGAAAAAGAGUUGUAACAAGGAAGAAUCGAACAUUGUUCAGAGUUUCGUUAUUGCGUGACCUGACUAACGCAAUGUAAAUUUUAAAAUAGUACGUUACCAGAUAUAAGGAAAAAAAAACAAUAUGAAUUCCGAAAUAGUUGGGUUUUUAUUGAUAAAUAUUGCCACUUUUAGAGGAACACGCUGCAGCUAAAUUUUAAUGCCGAGAUUUAAGUAACUGUAUUUAUUUCUGAGCUCUUGUUUAUAUAUAUAUCUCUAUGUGCGCAAGACAAGUUCUCAAAAUCGACAGGUAAGUUAGUCAGUUAUACGUUCUAGUUUCUGGAAAAUAGCAUAUAUUGGAGAGUAUUUAAAAACUGUAGGAAGAAUAUAAUAUAUCGGCUUGCUUUUUUAACUCAGGGAACAGAAUCGCGAUAUGAUAUUGAAAUUAUUAAUCAGCACACAUAAAAUGGGAUUUUAAGGAGCGUGAUGCGUUUUAUGUUCAGGUUAAUUAAAAACCAACGUUGUUUGUG